UUAAAUUCUCGAAAGCAAAAUGGCCACCAUCGAAACACCACUGCUAUUGGACCCCGUCGGUGGUGUCGUCGACUACAAAGGCCGUCCGGUCCUCCGAUCAAACUCUAGCGGUUGGAGGUCCGCAUCUUUCAUCAUCGGUGUGGAAGUGGCGGAGCGGUUUGCGUAUUGUGGGAUCAGCUGCAACCUUAUAAUAUAUUUGACGGGGCAGCUGGGGCAGUCAACGGCCACCGCGGCCGAGAACGUCAACGCGUGGAUCGGCACGGCGGCGCUGCUUCCUCUUUUGGGUGCGUUUCUGGCCGAUUCGUUUCUGGGCCGCUACCGCACUAUUGUCAUUGCUUCUCUCAUCUACAUUCUCGGACUGGGGUUGUUGACUCUGUCGGCUAUGCUUCCUUCUCUAAGCACUUCUUCUGACAACUUAGACACCAAAAUCGUACUGGGUUCUUCAAAUCAGCUCCAAGAAAUCUUAUUCUUUGCAUCUCUGUAUAUAGUAGCUGUUGGGCAUGGGGGGCACAAGCCUUGUGUUCAGGCUUUUGGGGCGGAUCAGUUUGAUGGGCAAGAUCCAGACGAGUGCAGAGCCAAAAGCUCAUUCUUCAAUUGGUGGUUCUUUGGUGUAUGUGCGGGUGGCGCAGUAACAACAGCGAUAAUGAGCUAUAUACAAGACAACCUUAGCUGGGGCCUAGGAUUUGGAAUCCCCUGUAUUGUGAUGAUCUUUGCUUUGGGCGUCUUUUUGGUUGGCACUAGGACUUAUCGGUAUAGUGAGAAAGGGAAGGAGAAAAGCGCAUUUGUGAGAAUUGGUCGUGUGUUUGUUGCCGCACUGAUGAACUGGCGGACCACCGCUUCCACUGUAGCUACUGAAGAGGAGGAAGUUUGUAGAGCCCUCCCGCACCAUAAUAGCUGCCAACAAUUCAAGUUCCUCAACAAAGCCUUGCUGUCUUCAGAUGCUUCAAAAGAAGAAGGCGAGGUUUGUACCGUCAAUGAGGUUGAAGAAGCAAAGGCAGCUCUUAGGCUUGUUCCAAUUUGGGCAACGAGUUUGGGAUACAGCAUUGUGUUUGCGCAAACCUCAACUUUCUUUACAAAACAAGGGGCUACCAUGGACAGAACAAUUUUUCCGGGCUUUGACAUACCAGCUGCUGCGCUACAAUGCUUUAUUGGACUAACUAUUGUACUCUUCAUUCCAGUUUAUGAUUGCAUUCUUGUUCCUACAGCAAGAGCUUUCACCAGGAAGCCUAAUGGCAUCACAAUGCUGCAGAGAAUUGGAACUGGGAUGGUUAUAUCUGUCAUCAGCAUGGUUGUUGCAGCUCUAAUUGAGAUGAAAAGGCUCAAAACAGCUCAAAAGUAUGGGCUGGUUGAUAUGCCGGAUGUGACCAUUCCAAUGAGUAUUUGGUGGUUAGUUCCUCAAUAUGUUUUGUGUGGAAUUGCUGAUGCUUUCACCUUGGUUGGUCAACAAGAAUUCUUCUAUGAUCAGGUCCCAGUUGAACUGAGGAGUGUGGGUAUCGCCCUCUAUCUCUGUACUAUUGGUGUUGGGAGUUUUUUAAGCAGCUUUCUUGUUUCCAUAAUUGAGGAAGCAACUAGCAAGGAUGGCCAAGAUAGUUGGUUUGCUGAUAAUCUGAACAAGGCACAUCUUGACUAUUUUUAUUUGGUGCUUGCUGGAAUCAGUGUAGUUGCAUUCGUUGCAUACUUGUAUUUUGCAAGAUCUUACAUUUAUAAAGUCGGUGGCGCCGUUGACUUUGAAGGCCAUCCAGUCCUCCGAUUAAAGUCUGGCGGUUGGCGGUCUGCAUCUUUCAUCUUAGGUGUGGAAGUGGCGGAGAGGUUCGCCUACUAUGGGAUCAGCUGCAACCUCAUAACGUACCUCACUGGGCCGCUCGGCCAGUCCACGGCCACCGCGGCCGAGAACAUCAACGCAUGGUCGGGCACGGCGAUGUUGCUUCCACUUUUGGGGGCAUUCGUGGCCGAUUCAUUUCUGGGCCGCUUCCGCACUAUUGUCAUUGCUUCUCUCAUCUACAUCCUAGGACUAUGCUUGUUGACUCUGUCGGCUAUGCUUCCUUCUCAAAGCACUUCUUCCGACUCCAUAGACACCAAAAUCAAACUGGGUUCUUCAAAUCAGGUCCAAGAAAUCUUAUUGUUUGUAUCUCUGUAUAUAGUAGCUGUUGGGCAGGGGGGGCACAAGCCUUGUGUUCAGGCUUUUGGGGCGGAUCAGUUUGAUGAGCAAGAUCCAGAGGAGUGCGAAGCCAAAAGCUCAUUCUUCAAUUGGUGGUACUUUGGUGUGUGUGCGGGCAGCACUAUAACAACAGUGAUGAUGAGCUAUAUACAAGACAACCUUAGCUGGGGUCUAGGAUUUGGAAUCCCCUGUUUUGUGAUGGUCUUAGCUUUGGGUGUCUUUUUGGUCGGUGCUAGGACUUAUCGGUAUAGUGUCAAAGGGAAGGGGAAAAGCCCAUUUGUGAGAAUUGGUCGGGUGUUUGUUGCUUCACUGAGGAACUGGCGGACCACCCCUUCAGCUCUCCCGCACCAUAGCUCCGAACAAUUCAAGUUCCUCAACAAAGCCUUAGUGUCUCGAGAUGGUUCAGAAGAUGAAGGCAAUGUUUGUACUGUGAAUGAGGUUGAAGAAGCAAAGGCAGCUCUUAGGCUUGUUCCAAUUUGGGCGACGACCAUGGGAUACGGUAUUGUGUUUGCACAAGCCACAACUUUCUAUACAAAGCAAGGGGCUACUAUGGACAGAAAAAUUUUCCCUGGCUUUGACAUACCAGCCGCUUCACUACAAGCCUUUGGUGGCUUGGCCAUGGUACUUUUCAUUCCAGUAUAUGACUGCAUUUUUGUUCCUAUAGUAAGAGCUUUCACCAGGAAGCCCCGUGGCAUCACGAUGCUACAGAGAAUUGGAGCUGGGAUGUUUCUGUCUGUGAUCUGCAUGUUUGUUGCAGCUCUGACUGAAAUGAAAAGGCUCAAAACAGCUCAAGAAUAUGGUUUGGUUGAUCUGCCAAACGUGACCAUUCCAAUGAGUAUUUGGUGGUUGGUUCCUCAAUACAUUUUGUCCGGAAUUGCUGAUGUUUUCACCAUGGUUGGUUUGCAAGAAUUCUUCUAUGAUCAGGUCCCAAUUGAAUUGAGGAGUGUGGGUCUCGCCCUCUAUCUCUGCAUUGUUGGUGUCGGAAAUUUUUUAAGCAGCUUUCUUGUUUCCAUAAUUGAGGAAGCAACUAGCAAGGAUGGCCGAGAUAGUUGGUUUGCUGAUAAUCUUAACCGAGCACAUCUUGACUAUUUUUAUUGGGUGCUUGUCGGAAUAAGUGUAAUUGCAUUCGCUGCAUACAUGUACUUUGCAAAAUCUUACAUUUAUAAUAGGCAAAGUAAAAGAUGAAUACAGUUCCCUUGCUGUAA